AUGUUCCAUGGAUUGCCAAGUGAAGACCCCAUUGACCACCUUGAUGAGUUUGAUAGGCUUUGUGAUUUGACAAAGAUCAAUGGUGUCUCUGAAGAUGCCAUCAAGCUGAGACUCUUUCCUAUGUCUCUAGCUGACAAAGCUCACCAAUGGGAGAAGAGCUUGCCCCAUGGCACAAUCACCACUUGGGAUGAAUGCAAGAAGGCCUUUCUUGCUAAGUUUUUCUCCACCGGUCGCACAGCCAAGCUUAGAGGAGAGAUAUCCAGCUUCAUCCAGCGAAACAAUGAGACAUUCGCAGAGGCUUGGGAGAGGUAUAGGGAGAUGCUAGACACAGCUAGCAAUGGGAACUUCCUCAACCAGGAUGUAGAUGAUGGCUGGCAACUUGUGGAGAACAUAGCUAACUCAAAUGGAAGCUAUGGAGAAGAGUAUGAUCGCACCAACCGGAGCUCGACCCACCACUCGAUCGAGUCAGACGAAAAGUUGAGAAAAGAUGUUAAGGCAUUGAAUGAGAAGUUGGAUAAGCUGAUCCUAGCUCAGUCCACAAUGAAGAAAGUCAACUUUGUGUCUGCUGAGGAGAUGGAACCAGUCCAAGAAGGGGAGGAUACACAAUUUGCUGAGGUGUGCUACAUGAGCAAUGGGCAAGGAGGUUACAACAAAGGAUACUAUAACUACAAGUCCAACCCUGCCAUGUCAUACCGCAACACUGAUGUUGCUAACCCUCAGGACCAAGUCUAUCCUCAACAACAAGCAGCUCGAUCGAGUCAAGGCCACAACAUGGGCUUCCCCCACCAACCGCCCCAGCCUGCACCUUCACAAGAGAAUGAGCUCAAGGCAAUGCUAAAGCAACUACUUCAAGGGCAAGCUGAUGGGGUAGUGGACACAAGCAAGAAGCUAGCUGAAAUAAACUCUAAGAUCGAGAACCUCAACACAAGGGUUUACUCUCUGGAGAAUCAUGCUUCUUCUGUUGCUGCUGCUACAAAGCAAGGACAACUACCUGGUAAAGCUAUUCAGAACCCCAAGGAACAGUGCAAGGUCAUCUUCACUCAAGAAGGACUUGUUGAAGAAGAGGAUCAAGAAAGGGUCAUUGAAGAUUUUUGUUUACUGCUGAAUGAUGAAGAGAUUGUUGCUGCUGAGGCUCCUGGAGUCCAGAUUGAUCAACCAGAAGUGCAUGCACCUACUGUGGCCAUUCACACUUCACCAGUUGAGCUCGCACGACAAGCUCGAUCGGCAGCUCGAUCGAGUCCAACUCUAGCUCGAUCGAGUCCGACCUCUUCUGUCCGACAGCCUGUUUUGCUUGAUCCUUAUCAACCGGUUGCCGCUUCCUCGUCUCGCCUACUUAGUCAAGGUCACAAGGAAGUGAUUCACAAGUUCAGAAGAGAUCUCAGUGGGAUUGGAAUUGAGUUGCCUCUAUGGAUAGCAUGA